AUGUCCAGCAACCACGAUUCUUCCAGUGACACGACAAAUGGUGGCAUCACGCCGAGUAGGCUCGAGCUCUCACUAAACCCAAUAGACGGCUCUCUCCAGACAGCGCCUCUCAGCUCAGUACUGCUCGCGUCGACGGAUUCUCUGUACUCUGAUUUGUACAACAUGGCACACGGAGAACUAGAUGUCACUUCCGCUACGGUACAUGCAGAGGAUGCCGAUGCCAAUCAGCAGGACGAAGAUGAUACUCAACCAAUGCAUCCGCAGCCUCAACACCAACUAAAGAAAGAGCGCAUGUCAAAUCUAUCCUUCGCCCAAAGACGUCACGAGCUCGCUUGGCGUCUAUCGCAACACGCCAAAUCCGUGCAACACGUUUCGGCCUUAUGCGCUGCCUCAAGCGUUUCUGAUAUCGCCACAACGGUACGAGUCUCGUCGGCAGCCCUCCAACAUGCCCGGACUGCCUGGGUACAGGCCGAUGAAGCACAAGAUGCCUUGUACUUCUUCCACGCCCAAUUAUUCCCGGCGCGAGCAGCCCCGCACGACGUUUACGGCGCUCUGGAUAUUCUCUUGCAAGGCAGGUGGUAUGACUUGCCCAAAGACCUGCGUCUCUCUGUAGAUCGAUACGAAACGUCCAAAGAAAGCCUAGAAUCCCGAACAGAGAUAGAAAAGUGUUGGCAUUUGGUUGUUCGGGACAAGCUACUGCGUGGUGAGGUUGGUUGGAUGAAGCGACAAGAAAUAACUUCGUUGUGGCAAGUCUCUUUACGGGGUGGGACGGUCCGCUUAACUCAAGGAAAUCCGAAAGCAUUGGGAACUUCUUCCACUCUUUCCCAUCCGAUCGAGGCCAUUUUAACCGUCCUCUCAACAAACGAUGAUCCAGAAUGGACGUUGUUACUCGCUGCUCUCUCCAUGAGUCGCGAAGAAGCAUUGAUGCGAAAGGAAAGAGAAAAUGAUAAAAGCAAGGAAAAACCUGCAGUGGCCCGACCUUUGCAUCGUUUAUUUCAGGUUGUCCACAACUUUUCUCUUUCGUGGCAGCUAGAAGUGUUGUCUGCACAAGCCCAGGCCUUGAGGCGGGGCGUCUGGGCCGCAACAAUGCUAUCUUCCUAUCCCAUAACCGUGACACCAGUACGCUUUUUUGACAAUGAGGAAGGAAUAUUGGGCGCCGUGUCCAUUUCGUUUUGGAAAGUGGAUGACACAUACGGUCCACCUUCAAUUUCCGACUUGGCUUUGGACAAACGAAGUGAAAGUACCAACGGAUUUCUAGGCACCAAGCAUUACGGCAAAGUUACGAGCCAAUUGACCUUAACUAUUCGAGCCGAACCCGAUGCCGGUAUCAAAGUUUCCUUGAGUGGAGCUGCCGGAAUUUCAGGCUUAAUUGCAACUCAAGCCAACCUGAGAAGUACUGCUCGCGAUCUCUUAGAAGCCUCCUCAAAUCCCUUCUGUUUAUCCGCGAGUGAUGCUUUACUUGCAGCCACACGUUUGUGUGCCGAACAAAAAUGCUGGGCCGUAGUGGAUGCCCUGCAACCUCCUAAAUCUUCUUUCUUUUUACCCUCCUGGAUUUUUCUUGCUGUAGAUGGGGGGAGCAUCGCUGUGAAGGUCAAAAUCCAUUACCAUGGUAUUACUGAAUCUUCUCCCUCGAGUGUUCUUCCGGUUAUAUUUCGGCUAGUUUGCGACGCAAGGACAGGCUCCUUUGUCCCAACCUUCCCGCGGAGUACAUCGAUGCUUCGGAAUCUUGCAAGCAACGAGACAUACUCAAGUGAAGCGAUGGCAUUGCAGAUCGCGGGCUUACCUCCAAAUCGUCGACGCGCAGCUGGCGCGCGAUUCAGUGGAAGGGUCGUGAAAGACGCUUUUGAUGGUUUGACUCGAACAAUGAACCUGUUGGGCCAGCGGGUCGGUGUUGGUGUGUACUGGGAUGACAUUGAUGACAAGGCGCCUUCUCUUCGAGACCGAUCGAUUCAGUCUGCAUGUUGUGACGUUCGUGUGUCCAUGACCAAAUGCUGUGGAAUGACAGCACUAUAUGGGGUUGCUCCGCUUGCUUUAGGAAGUGCCACGGGGCUAGACGCACAGCCUGAUAUGGCCGGAGGUGCUAUAGAUAUGAUAGAAAGUAUCUCAUUUCUCGGUGCACCUCCUGUGAGUAUCGUGAUCGAUCAAGAGCUUGUGGAGAAAUCUUCGACAACGUCAGAUGGGAUCAGCAAGAAAACGGCAUUUCUAGAGCAAUCGCUAUAUGCGAUCGCGUGUGGAUCAACAACAGAAUCGUUGACUCUAUAUCCUUUAAGUGUGUCUGUUGAGCUUGGCUCCCCGACCACAGAAUGCCUUUAUGUUAGCUACUUGCCUGAAAAGUUGCUCUCUCUUGGCGUUUGGAGGGCACACAGUAUCCAACGCUUUCGAGACUCCCAACGAUAG